AACCUUUUAAUAGAAUAACAGACUGUACGCAGAAGCGCACAGUAGGCUGGACAGCCUAGCUCCAAACUUUUUGUCGUCUUUCCCAUCAAAAUUUUGGAAUUCCCCACCAUGCUAGUGAGUUGUCAGAAGAUUAGUCCGGUGACGAGACUGGUCACGGAGCUCAAGAAGCACCACGUCAUCCCUCGACUGCUGGCCUGCAAGCCAACGGAAGUGAUCGCGGUGCUUUAUCCGUGCGACAUCGACAUCAAGCCGGGCGUUACGAUUGUGAUCAACGAGGUGCUCAACCGGCCGAUCAUCCGCUACAAGGCCGACCCCGAGCGGUUCUACACGCUGAUGAUGGUGGACCUGGAUGUGCCGCCGGACAACAACUCGGAGUGGCUCAUCUGGAUGGUGGGCAACAUUCCGGGGUGCGACGUGGCCCUGGGUCAGACGAUUGCGGCCUACGACAACCGGCGAGCCAUGGAGGGCGAGAACAUCCACCGAAUCGUCUUUCUGGCCUUCCAGCAGUAUCUGGAGCUAGACUUCGACGAAGUCCCUAUUCACGAGGGCGAUGAUGUCCGACGCUGCAGUUUCCAUUGCCACAAGUUCGCACGAAAGUACGCCCUUGGUAACCCGAUCGCUGCCAAUUUCUAUCUUGUGGAAUGGGUUUUUCGGUGGACACCGACGUUUCUGAACUUUGAAAUGGAAUAAAACGGAGGCAUGGCGAGGCUCACAUACGACUUCCUCUUGUUCUAAACUGGGAAUCCUA